CAGUGAGGUCUGGCAUUUGUAGUACAACUGAUCGACUGAAGGAUAUAUAGUUCAGUAUGUAACAAGUCAGGGAAAGUCUUUUUUCACAGUGCUGUGUGCCUGUAUACAGCAGAAGUCCUCUUCACCUUUUUGAUAAACACAAGAUCAGUGAUUGAACUGACCAUGAAUCAAGAUUUCUCUGAAAACAGGAAUAUUUCUACCCCAUCUUAUUUCUAUAUCAGUGGUUUUUCUGGUAUACCUCACAUGAGAUACUAUUACAUAUUUCUGCUUUUUGUUUACAUAAUUUCUUUGCUUGGAAACUCCUGCCUCAUGUUUGUUAUCAUUAUAGACCGAAAUCUUCACACUCCUAAAUAUAUGUCUGUCUUUAACUUAUCACUGACAGACAUUUGUGAGAGUACCGCUGUGAUCCCUCAGCUACUGGACGCAUUUCUGUUUGGGAAUCAGCUGAUCCCUUAUGGACUAUGCUUAUCCAAUAUGUUCUCCAAUAUUUUAUUUUUUGCAGUGCAGUCACUGACUCUCGCUGUUCUCUCGUUUGACAGAUUAGUAGCUAUUUGUUUACCACUGAGGUAUCAUAUGAUUGUGACCCAUAGAUCAAUGCUUGUUAUAAUUAGUUCUUCAUGGACACUAGCAAUGUUGCUAACAAUAAUUGGAGCAAUUUUCAUGAGCAGACUUUCUUUCUGCAGAGUUAUUGUCACUGUUAACAGUUUCUACUGUGAUCACGGGCCUAUAUAUCGUUCUGCAUGUAACAAUAAUUUCCCAAGCUCUGUGAUUGCCAGUUUGUUCCCGGCGAUCAUCCUUGGUUUCCCGGUAUUUUUUAUUAUCUUUUCAUAUACAUGCAUAGCUGUAACAUUGUUCAGAAUCACAACCCCACAAGACCGUCAAAGAGCCACAAAGACAUGUACUGCUCAUUUAAUAUUAGUGGCUAUAUUUUAUGUUCCCAUCACUUUUACAUAUGCUCUUUCAUCCAUUAUUAACACUAACACAAGGAUCAUCAAUCUCUCUCUGACCACUGUACUUCCUCCAAUGCUUAACCCUAUAAUCUACACAUUCAUGACAGAGGAGUUCAUGGUGUCUGUGAAAAGACUUCUUAAAAGGCGCAUCACAUUUUUACCUUGGAAAUAAAUUUAAAUAUACCAUUAAUUUUAUAUUCUCUGUUGUGAAGUUCAUUUUUAAAACAGUUCUUUAUCAUACAAUAAAUGUCUUUUUUUUAUUUUGAA